AUGGCUGACAGCUCGUAUGCCCCUAAGUUUGCGGUGUUCUUCUCCUUCGCCGGCAUUGCCUCCGCACUCCCCAACCACAUGGCUCUAGAACGAAAUGGGCGACUUGUAGCUUACAGCUUCAUAGGUGCAGGAGCCGCAUAUGGCACAGCGAAAUCAGGAAUUGGUAUCGCAGGUGUGGGACAGUUCCGAUCAGACUUGAUCAUGAAGUCUCUCAUUCCUGUCGUCAUGUCCGGUAUUAUCGCUGUGUACGGCCUUGUCAUCUCUGUCCUCAUCGCCCAGGCUUGCAGUCCCGAAAAUACCCCGAGUCUAUACACGGGAUUCACUCAUCUUGCAGCUGGACUGUCAGUCGGUCUGACUGGUGUAGCAGCAGGCUACUCGAUUGGAGUUGUGGGCGAUGCGGGUGUUCGAGCAUACAUGCAACAGUCUCGCGUCUAUGUGGGCAUGAUUCUCAUUCUCAUUUUUGGUGAGGUUCUGGGGCUUUAUGGCUUAAUUGUCGGCUUAAUCUUAAACUCGAAGUCUUGA